CAAUUUUGGCGCCAAAAAUUGACAUCUUCCCUCUCAUCUCAAUCCCGUCACUUCGGUCAGAGGAAGAAGAAGAAACAGGCAGAGGAGUCCGAGAAUCGAAAAUGGCGUCAGGGUCGAGCGGUCCGACGGAAGAUCUCGGGACGUUGACCGACGUGGAGCCGCUCAAGCGGGCGUGGAGGAACGAGAAGGCGGCUCCUGAGAUCCUACGUUACGAGACCCACUUGAUCUACAGAGUCUCAAAGCAGAUCGAGUUACUGGAAGGGACAGUGGACGAUUUUACUGAGGAUGGUGUCGAUCCCCUUAUGAUAUCCCUCUACCAGAUGGAUUUGGACCGGAUUCAGUUUCUGUUGAGAUCAUAUCUUCGAAUUCGUCUGCAAAAGAUCGAAAAAUACAUGUUCCACCUUCUUUUGAAGAAGCAAGAAUUUCAUGAGAAGCUUUCUAAAGAGGAGAAAGCCUUCGUUCAAAGGUGCGCUGAGGAUAUGAAGAAACAUCUUGAUGAGAGCGUGCUGUCGCACUUGCCCAAAAAUUACCAAUCAAUCCUGAAGCAAUUCACGACUGUUGAAGAAGAUGACGCCGAAGUCGAUGACAUGGUCCCAGAGCCCCCACUGGACACAUUCGUUGUCUGUAUAGCCCGAGAAUACGUAGGGCCCUCCGAGUUUCAAGACAGCAGCAGUGAUAGCUUAGCGAUGGAUCUGCCACUAGAGAUGGAGCCUGGUGACCUGUCCUUCAUACCGUAUAGACGAAUCAAGAAGCUACUAGAGAGCAGAAAAGUCGAUUUGGUAUGACCACAUAAAAAUCUCUUGCAACGACAACUUGGUGCUAGCGUCAAGUAUAAACGUUAAAAUCCUACUCUGCUGCAUAUUCCGAGGGGUCCAUUCGGUGGUCGCAAAAUUGAAAUAAUCUUCGCUUUGUUCAUUCGACGUAUAUGAUGUUUUCCCUGAUACUUUUGUCCCUGAGAUAGGGUUUCUCUCAGUUUCUGUGCACCACAGGUUCAUAAACAGAGCUGUUCACCGCA